UCUCCAAUUUGAACGUCUUCAAUCUAGUUUCAUAUGUGUCUGACACGAUUUUAAGUGAUUUUGUUUUUUGUGACGUAUCUACAUUGUUGUCGAGAAACAAAGAUACUUUUGGCCCAUCAUCUGCAGAGAGGUCUGGGAUUUAAAGUUUUGAAGUAUUUCCAUUUCUAUCGCUUCGCUUCACGGUAACGGUAACAGGUGAUAGUUGGUGUUGAUGGUCGAUAAUUAGCCGUGUUAAGAGAUUUCGUUUUGCUAAAUACGUAUCGGUUGUUGAAUCGAACCUCAUAGAUACUCUGAGUGUUCGUUCCGUACGUUAAAUAAAACAAAAAUAUAUAAAAAAAGAAAAAGAAAAUAAAAUCAAAUCAAAUUCAUACUUUCGCUAUCGGAAGAGAGUGUUAAUUAAUUUUAGAGAGUGAAAAAAUUUGUAUUUGGAGGCAAAAUUCAGAUAGAAUAGAAUUGAAUAAAUCUGCAAAUAUGAAUAAAUUUAUCGUGAUCUUUGUUUCGUUAAUUUGUGGAACUUUGGCACAACAACCUUAUUACUUGCAGCAGUGUCCAAGAAAUGAAGAGGUUGUUAAUGAAUGUUUACGUGACAGUGGAAAUAGAUUGGUACACUAUUUACGACAAGGUGUUCCAGAAUUGGACAUGUAUGAGAUUGAACCAGUAAUCAUUGAUGAAAUUGGAAUUGUUUUGGGAAGUGGUCCUGAUGGCUAUCGGGCUGUGUUCAGAAAUAUUCAGGCAUACGGAGUUGGCAACAUAUCAGUAACAAAUGUGAGAUCGGAUAUCGAGACCAUGCAGUUCCAGCUGACUUGUGAAAUUCCAAGAAUCAGAGUCAAAGCUCAAUACCGUUCAACAGGUGUUUUGAUUUUGGUUAAGGCAACCGGUGCUGGACAAUACUGGGGGGAAUAUGAGGGUGUCAAGGCGAAGAUUUACUUCAAAGCCAUUCCAAAUGCUGGUGAAGAUGGAAAAACUUAUCUAACAGUCGAUAGUGUCAAAAUGGAUUUCAAUGUUAAAUCAAUUCAAAUGGGUGUUGAUAAUAUUGCCAAUGGAAAUACUGUUAUACAAGCUGCAUUGAAUUUAUUCAUCAACUCAAAUGCACAAGAAUUGCUGAAGGAAAUGAAGCCAGCAUUGCGAGCUAAACUAACAAUGGUCAUAAGAAGCUUUAUGGAUAGGUUAUUUGUAAGAAUACCAUUGGAAGACUGGUUGGCUUGAGUUUGAAGAAUUGUAUAGAUUUAACUUAUGAUAAAAUUAAGUGUGUAUUUUUAGCAAAGUAAGAAUAUUAUGGGUAUUUAUUGGCUUCUCAGAAGUUUGAUCAAAUUUUGUGGUAGAAAUGUAAACGUAUGUAAAUUAGUAUUAAGGAAAUAUUGUAAUGUAUUAAAGUUAAAUAAAAUAAUUAUUGUAUUAAAUAAUACAUAUUCAUA